GUGUGUCCCACCAGGCAGCCUCCACCAGUGUGCCCAGUGCAUGAGGAUGAGGCGUUUUUACGAGCAGGGGAAUGUAACAUCAUAUAGGCGGAUCUCGCGUUGCGUUAUUUAACGCGCCCACCUGCGCCGCACACACACUUUUCCACAGCGUCUUCCUGGUGGAGCAGAAAACGAUGGAUCUUCACAUACUGGACCAUCGAUUAAGGGUGACUUGCAUCAGCAAAAGCGGACUGCAACAUUACACACACCCGCUGAUCAAACUGAUAUUUCUGAGAAACAGAACGAGAUGCAAAUUUUUCAGUCUCACAGAGACUCCGGAAAAUUAUACUGUUGUCCUCGACGAGGAGGGGUUUAAAGAGUUGCACCCAUCUGAGCACUUACAGGUGGAGGGCUCCACAUGGCUCCCGCUCAAUGUGGUCUCGAAUGGCAAUGCUUCCAGCAGCUCACAGGCGGUGGGCGUCACUAAAAUUGCCAAGUCCGUCAUCGCCCCUCUGGCAGAGCAGCACGUGUCCGUCUUCAUGCUCUCCACAUAUCAGACCGACUUCAUUCUGGUGCGAGAGAAAGACCUGUCUGUAGUGGUGGAGACUCUAGUGGAGGAGUUUAAUAUUUUCAGAGAGGAGGGAGGAGAAUCAGUGCCUGUUCACAGUCAGGACGCCUGCAACGGCCUGCAGAGGAACGGCAAAGAGGUUCAACACUCAACUGUUCAUCCAGUGUUGAUCCCGGAGAAUCAUUUUUGCGUAAUGAGUUUGGAUCCGGACACUCUGCCAGCGAUCGCCACCACCCUCAUAGACGUUCUGUUUUACUCAAACAGUCCUAAAGAGGGCGCCAGUGUUGACCAGAACAUGGAGUGCAUCAAGUUCUUCUCCUUCUCUCUGAUUGAUGGAUACGUGUCUUUAGUGAUGGACACAGACGCACAGAGACAAUUCCCAGCUGAUCUUCUGUUCACCAGCUCCUCUGGUGAGCUCUGGAGGAUGGUGAGAAUAGGAGGGCAGCCUCUCGGAUUCGAUGAAUGUGGGAUAGUUGCUCAGAUAUCGCAGCCUCUUGCGGACAGUGAUAUAUCAGCGUAUUAUAUUAGCACCUUCAGCUUCGAUCAUGCUCUGGUGCCAGAGGAAGACAUUACAAGCGUGACUGAGAUGCUUCAGACUCAGCGAAAGGAGGCGUCCAGUUGAGGACAGAAAAAGACCUUCACAGUGGAUGGUAGAUCUUACAUGAGCCACUAACACACAGUAUUAUUCUAUAACCAGAGGUGCUUCAGUCACAGCAUUCAAGAGCUUAGGCUUCAAAAGCCCUGAACUCUGAAAACAGUGGCUUUUUAUUUUGGUUUGUUUAGAUUUUUUGGGGGCUUUCGCAGAAACGGCAGUGCUGGUUAAAUCCCAUUUCUGAGAAUUUGAGUAUUUACAUGAUUGAUUUUUGUAAGGAUGUUGAUGUGGCAAUUUAUGCCUGACUACUUAAAGCACUUUUCUGAUUUGAAAUGAGAAGUUUAUUGUUUUUUAUUCCACUAUUGCAGGGGUAGUUAUACGCAAAUUGAUGUCCUGUAAUUGAUGAAAGUUUCCGUUUGGCUUACCUGCAGACAUCAUUACUCUAAGUAUUGCACAAAAAUGUCUUCCAGUGUUGUCUAAAAUCAGGGUUUAUUUUCUCGAUUAAGCCAGUUUGAGGUCAAACAAAAGGAUUUUUUAUUUGUUGUAGCAACCUUUGGUGUCAUUUAAACAUUGCACUUAGAAAAACACAGUUACUGAUGGAGAAUUAGUCGGAUCACUUUUGAAAAACUCAUGCUGUUAUGACUGCUUUUGUUGGCUUAAAAGCCGAACGGCAACUGUUUACACUUAUAGCUUACUGGGGUGAAUCUCACAAAAAUGUAUCUAGAAAUAUAUUUUGUAUUUAAUAAAUGAAUGAGUUUAAGGUCAUGUUUUGCAUAAAGAAAAUAAAAUCAAUUCUGAAAGUCUUAAAUAAUUUUGAUCGCACUGAAAUAUUUUUUCACAUGACCUCAGAACAAACAUCAUAGUAAUUGCACUUCAGUAUUCGUUUUACAGUUCAAAAUUACUGUAUUAAAGUUGUGAGAAUCAAAUGAGAUGAUUCUGACCCAAACAUAAAUAAAUAAUUAAACAAAGAGUCAAUUUGACAUAAAACUGUAAUUAUAGAUGGCAUAUAGCCAUGUUAUGAUGCCAAAUAAACACACACACAUUCACACACACAUAAAUAUAAAUUUUAAGUAUAUAAUAUUUAUAAUUUUAUUAAAAAUGCAAAACAUUGUAAUUUAAGCAAUGUUUCAGCAUUUCAUUUGAAUUAUUUCUCUAAAACAUUGUAAUUAAGCAUUAAUUAGGCAUUUAUUUUAUUAUUAUUUCUUUAAAACAUUGUAAUUAAGCAACAUUUAGGCAUUUAUUU